GGUAUGUAUAAGCUCACUUGUGCCUUGUAAACUUACAAAAAACUGCCUUGUAAGGGCCUCGUUAUUUUAGUUAAGCGCUUGUUUCGUCCGAUGAGCUGUCUACUAAGAGAAGCGGCAGAAGACGAGUAAGAAGAAAUGGACAGUAUUGUUGAGGAACUGAGAAGGGAAGAAGAGCAGGCAUCUACAAAAGAACAAGAAACUGAGGGUGCAUCUGUGGGAACAAUAAGGGAGGUUCAGCAUCCCAGAAUUUAUUUACCUUUACUCCCAAGAUAUUUCCAACAUCCGUCAACCACAGGCCCAAGGCCCUCAGAUUUUCAGAAGGCUAAAGAGGACUGCUUAAGGUACAUACAGGAUGCCCUUCUGCAAAGUCAGUGGCAGAGGGCUGCGGAAUUAAUGAUAAGCUAUGUAGAGUCACUGGAGAAUACAAAUUGGCCAAAACGGCUGGCAGCACCUGAGGAGAUCUGGAGAACAGGAACUGAAAUCUUGCACAAUCAUCCAAGAAGCAACAUGGAAGAGUCCAACCAUUUUGCAGAUCAAAUGAAAAAUUUAGGAGUAAAGAGAUACUUAAAGAUUUCUUUAGAGCAUGCCUUCUACCUCAUGUGUAAUGGGCACAUGGAUGAGGCUUAUCAGAAUCUGGUCUUGGCAGAAAGCUGGCGCUAUGGAGAACAAACAGUUCUUCAGGAAAAAGAUCUGAAACUCAUUCAAGGCUACAAAGGGCUGCUUGACUACUUUCAGUGGCUAAAAAAGAAAACAGAGAUGUUGCAGCUUGAGGAAGAAAGUUAUGCCGAGUCCUCCGUUCAGCAAGAAAUGCACAACUUCUACCAGCAGGCUGUAGUCAGCCUUAAGGAGAUCAUUAAAAUUCCUGGAGUUUGGGAUCCUUUUGUGUUGUGCUAUGUGGAUCUCCUGGAAUACUAUAAGGAAUAUGAAGAAGCCGAUGAAGUACUAAGAGAGUAUGCUUACAAUCCCAAAUUUCCUUCCAAUCCUAAUGCUCAUGUCUACUUAUAUCAGUUUCUAAAGAGAAGGGGUGAAUCAAAGAAAAAACAGAUCUCUGCACUGCAGGUGUUACAUGAGCUUGUUCCCUCUCAUGAAUUGAUGUUGGAAUUUUAUGCCAUGCUUAAAAAGUCAAAAAAAAAUAAAAACCACAAACUACAGCUGGAAGUUAUUUUUGCAGUCUUGGACUUUGCCGGAUGGAAGGACAAUGUAAAGGCUUGGAGCUGUCUGGCAAAACAGAUUGUAGAAAUAUUGCAGAAUUCUGGUGAGCAAUUUGGCUGGCUCAAAAAGGAAUGGGGUAUCCGAAAGGACUGGUGGCUGGCCUUCCAUUUCAGCCAUUAUUUGGCAAAAAGAAACUGGCAGGAAAAUGAAAGUCUUACAUGUGAAAAGGCUCUGGUGGCUGGAAUACUGCAGGGAAAAGACUGCAAAUACUUUAAAUAUGUCACACAUCAAGGAAGUAAAGCCAAGAAGAAGAAGUUCAAAAGGCUGAAGAACUUUGUGAAAGAAAAUGACUGGGUUCAUUUGAGACUGUCAGAUACUUGAUUACUUCAGAGGGUAAAUCUCCUGUGCUUUUUCUGAAAGGAUGGAGAUUAUUUUUCCAAAUUGUAUGAUUUUCCACUUGUGUAUAGAUCCCCAGUGUAAAGAAGUAUUUCAUUGUAAAACAAUCUUAUGCAUUAAUGUCAAACAUUUGUGUUUUGAGUUCUUAUUUUUAAUAAAUCUGAAGAAAUGCACCAU